AUGAUCAACUGCCAACAUCUGCAGAGCGUUGAUGUUGGUGAUAAUGAAAUACGAGGUGCAUUUCCCUUCUGGAUGGAAACACUCCCUCAACUUCGCGUCCUCGUCUUGAGGUCUAACAAGUUGAGUGGUACUAUGUUGGUGGCUUCGAAGAUUGAGCAUCCGUUUCCAAAGUUGCAAGUCUUGGAUAUAGCAAGAAAUGCAUUUGAUGGCUCUUUACCUAUAGAUAUUUCAAGAAUUUUGGAGGAUAAGCUCCAAACAUAUUUUGACUUAAGUGUCACUUUGAAAGGUUUGGAUCAAACAUUCAAUAAAUUGUUGGAUACGCUUACAACGAUAGACUUAUCUUCCAAUAAAUUCUCUGGGAAUAUACCAGUUUCCAUUGGAAAUCUUAAUUCUCUGAGAUACUUGAAUUUGUCCCGCAAUAACCUCACAGGACAGAUUCCUGUGUCUCUUGGGAAUAUAAGUAUUCUUGAGUCAUUGGAUUUGUCGUGGAACAAUUGA